GAGAAGGCUAGCAGUACUCAGUUUAUGCAGGCCAGGCUGACAGAAAAAUUUAAAAACACAGGUCCUUAGCUGUAUCCACUUAAAAACGACAGAGCAGUGCCCUUCCUGGUUUUUAUUUACAUGGCUCUUGGUGGCUCUUAUGUAUAAUUCACAGCCAGGGAGAUGGAAGGAUCCUCGACAAACCUUGGGAGAGCGUUCCUGUGUCUUAGGUCUGGAGAUUGCACCCUCUCCGUCUCUGCACUGAUCUGGAUGGUGGACGAACUUCAAUACUGCAUGAUGGCCAAGGGCAAGAAGCAGUCAAGCGAGCCCAAAGGCCGGAAGAUCACCCUAAAGAUGGCUAAGCUGGCCCUGAAGCUGACCGUGGAUGGCAAGCGUCGGCUGGACCUCAGCAACAUGGAGAUCACCACCUUUCCCAAGUGUAUCCUGAAGCUUUGCGAUGUGGACGAGCUGGACCUGAGCCGCAACCUGCUCAAGAAGAUCCCAGACUCUAUCGCCAAGUUUGUCAACCUCUGCUUUUUGGACCUCCACAGCAACCAGCUGGACAAGGUUCCGGAAGCUAUCGGGCGCCUCCGUAACCUAUACAGCCUCAACCUGUGUAACAACUGUCUGAGCACUGUAGGACUCCCCAACGAGAUCGGUCUCCUGCGAAAGCUGAGGAGCCUCAACCUGGGCAUGAACGUCCUGGAGAGCAUCCCAUCCUCUAUUGCAGCCCUCAAGGAGCUGCGUCACCUUGGCCUGUUCAACAACCAACUGACCCGGGUACCUGAGUGCCUCCGCAACCUGCCCUACCUGGAGACCGUCAACCUGAAGUGCAAUCCUAUCCCCUUGGAGGAUGACAAAGGCAUUGACACCAUCCAGAGGGUGGAGUGCCUGUACCUGGUGAGGGAGAGCUCCCUGUGUGCCUGCUGCCUCCAGAAAGUCAAAGACAACAGGCAGAGGGUGAACAGCAGGCUGAGCAGAGGCCCUACCCACAGGAAGUCCAUCUUCGCCGGCCUGAACACACCCAACUCGGUGGUGCAGGAAUACCAAGCCAUCUGGAGGUGAUGGAGGAACCAGGUCCUCAAUAGGUCAUCAAGGACAUAUUAUUUAGGAUAAGAACAGUCCAGGUGCUCUAUUGCAAUAUCUACUUAUUACUUGACAAUGUAUAUUAGGCACAUCAGGAAUUCUGGAAGAAGAAACAUUACAGGGGUUGCAGUCACACAUAACCAGCCCGGUUAUAAGCUGCUCGGUCUGUGGUUUGUUGUACUCUAUCGCCCUCUAGAGUUUGGGGUCCUGUAAUGUUCUCCAACAGACACUGCACUGGAAAUCUAUCUUAGCUUUACUAAUACUACUUUCAUUUGCAUAUGUGUUUGCAUAUCAAAUGUUUCUGAUGAUAAAAUAAGCUUUCA